CAAAUUUACCUUUGUGCUCUAACGCAGAUUUAGAAAAAUUAAGUAUUUCCUAUGUUAUUAUUUGUCAUAUUUUGUUGGAAAUGUGGAUAUAAGGUUAUAAUUACCGAAACAGUGCAGAGAUAAGAUUUUAAAAUGGCUGAUUUACAAAUUACGAAUAUUGUCAGUGACAUACUGCGAGUGGAGCCUGUUGAAGAAGCAUUCAGUAGUUACCUUGUAUAUAAACCAGAACAAGAAAAUGAGAAAUUAACUAUGUAUCAAAAGAAAUUAUGUACAAUGAUGACAAGUCUAAGUGCAGAUUUGCAAGAAUCUGCCAUCCGACAGUAUUUGACACACACAGCCAUUCAGACAAAUCAAUAUAAAAUGAAACAAUUACUGACUAUACUGGAAAAUUUAGUCAAUACUAAUAUCCUACAAGCACGUAUGGUUUGUGACUGCAUUUUGGGCAAUGACAAUCUGAUUUAUCAGAAUGCUGAUUAUUGGAUUCAAUGUUUUAAUCUCAUAAGAAGGAUAAUAGGUGGAGUUGAUUAUAAAGGAGUAAGAGAAAUAAUGAAGGGAUGCAGAGAGAAAGCACACAGUUUACCGAUGAAACUUAAUUCAAGCACCAUACCGCAGAUGAAGGCACUGUACAAUGUAAUUGAGUAUAUAUUUGACCGUAAUGCUUCACUGCUACCUGCAUACUUCAUAGUAACAGAAAUACAGAAAGACUAUCCCGAUAAUAAUCAUUAUCCACAUUGGGAGUUGGCAAGUUUAUUUACCAGUUUUAUAGAGAGUUUUAGACCAUGUGCCCAAAUGGUGUCAAUAAUUGGUCAUUCAAGUAUGCUACCUGUGGUUGAGUUCUCAGGUUAUGCUGACCAUCUUAUAAACCCCUGGCGACUCGAUCCUACAACAUUGAAAUUUUCAUUAAAAGGAAACUUACCAUAUGAUGAUGAACUGCUAAAACCACAAAUUGCUCUCUUACGGCAUGUUAUUCAACAGCCAUACUCAAGGGACAUGAUGUGUUCAAUGCUUGGCUUACAAAAACAGCAUAAACAGCGCUGCAUAGCGCUAGAAGAUCAACUUGUUGAAUUAAUGAUUUCACCCAUGGAAAAAAGUGAACAAGAAAAUGAAGAUGACGAAAUGUCCUCAACACAUUGGUGCUGGCUACAUUUAUCAUCGCAAGUUAUAUAUUUAAUAUUGAUUGGAUUCGCUUCCUUUUCAAACAUUGUUAUGGGAUUGCAUAACAAACUUACAGGACACAACUUGAAGAAAGGUAGAGAUCAUUUGAUGUGGGUUCUUUUGCAGUUUAUAUCGGGUAGUAUUCAAAGGCACCCACUAUCUGAUUUCUUACCCAUUAUAAAAUUGCAUGAGCUAUUAUACCCUGAAAAGGAACCUCUGCCUGUACCUGAUUGGACAAGAGCGCACAGUACACAUCAGAUGGCUGUUGUAUGUAUUUGGAUGCAUUUACUUAAGAAAGCUGAAACUGAUAAUAAAACUAUGUCAAUGCCCCAAAAUUUGAAAGUGCAGUACGAAUUUCUGCAACAUCUCAUGUCAUCUAAUAACACACCAGCAUUAAUGGGAGGUGACUAUCGGAUACCAUUACUGUGUAAUGCGUACUCAACAAAACAGGAAUGUUAUACCAGACCGAUGGGAAUUAUAAUAGAAACUUUAUUUGGCAUUCAGAAAGCGUUACCUAAUGGUAAUCCUGGUACACCGUUACCAACAAUGCCUUUGUCUAUGUGCAUAUUGGAUAGUUUGACGUUGCAUUGCAAGAUGUCUGUGAUACAUUCCAUAGUUACUCAUGUGGCAAAGUUGGCACAGAACAAGACUAAUCUACCCGGCAGCAGUAUGAUGGCACCAGCCCUUGUGGAGACAUAUAGUCGCUUGCUUGUUUAUACCGAGAUUGAAUCCUUAGGAAUUAAAGGGUUUAUCAAUCAACUGCUACCAACCGUGUUUAAGUCCCACGCGUGGGGCAUCCUACACAACUUGCUGGAUAUGUUUUCAUAUCGUAUCCAUCAUAUACAGACGCAUUACAGAGUAACUCUACUCUCACAUCUACAUUCAUUAGCCGCCUGUCCGCAAGCAAAUCAAACUCAAUUACAACUAUGUUUUGAAAGUACGGCGUUACGUCUGAUUACAAGCUUGGGAAGUUCCGGAGUACAACUGCAGAUGUCUCGUGUUGUGUCAGAACCAAAGUCACUAGUGUCAGCGGACAGUGAGGAACUCAAUAGAGUUCUUGUACUAACAUUAGCUAGAGGCAUUCAUAUGACUGGAACCGGUAGCGAUAGUGCUGCUGUGAAGGAGUUACUAACAACUAUAAUGACAAAUACCCCACACAAUUGGUCACAGCACACAUUGCAAUGUUUCCCGCCUGUACUUGUAGAGUUCUUUUCACAGAAUCCAGCACCGAAAGAAAAUAAACAGCUUCUAAAGAAAUUCGUCGAAGAAGAAUAUAGAAAAUGGUCGUCUAUGGCCAAUGAUAAUGAUAUAGUAUCACAUUUCUCUGUACCCGGAGCACCACUCUUUCUAUGUCUAUUAUGGAAGAUUAUAUUCGAAACAAAUAGAAUCAAUCCUAUAGCUUUCAAGAUCCUAGAACGCAUUGGUGCAAGAGCAUUUUCAGCUCAUGUACGCAAGUUUUGUGAUUAUUUAAUGUAUGAAGUGACAAACCCAGCGGGUGGACCACAUAUCAACAAAUGUGUGGACGCCAUUAAUGAUAUUGUUUGGAAAUAUAAUAUUGUUACAAUUGAUAGAUUGGUUUUGUGCCUUGUCUUACGUCCAAAUCUAGACGGCAAUGAGAGCCAGGUGUGUUUGUACAUUAUUCAGCUGCUUCUUCUGAAAGGAUCAGAGUUGAGGAAUCGAGCUCAAGAUUUUGUGAAGGAAAACUCUCCGGAACAUUGGAAGCAAAAUAAUUGGUACGAAAAACAUUUGGCAUUCCAUAGGAAGUAUCCGGAGAAGUUUGCUCCGGAGGAAGCAAGUGGUACAUAUGGUGGUACUAUACCAGUUUAUCUGAGUAAUGUUUGUCUACGUAUCAUCCCAGUGCUAGAUGUUGUUGUGCACAGACAUUUAGAGAUACCACAAGUUAGUAAGAACUUGGAGCAAUUGCUGGAACAUAUCGGUUAUUUGUACAAAUUUCACGAUCGUCCGAUAACGUUCCUUUACAACACACUACAUUACUACGAAUUAAAGUUGCGUGAUAAACCGUUACUUAAACGUAAGUUAGUUAACGCUGUGCUAGGUUCAUUAAAAGAUGUCAGACCUACCGGUUGGGCGACUACAGAAGCAUUCCAGUCAUAUCUAGCCAGACCUGAAGUUGACGCGACUAGUUGGACACCAGAUUUGAAUUAUUAUCUAAGUCUCGUCAAUAGAAUGGUUGACACAAUGACCGGUCAGUCACACUUUCCGAAUACAGAUUGGCGUUUCAAUGAAUAUCCAAAUCCUUCCGCUCAUGCAUUAUAUGUGACUUGUGUGGAAUUGAUGUCUUUACCUUUCCCACCGAAUGUUGUUGGGAACAGUCUACUUGAAAUUAUUACCAGUGGUUUUGUAGUGAUACCCACCACUAAGAUACAGUUAUGGGUAAACGCCGUGGGACUUAUAAUGGCGGCGUUACCUGAUCCAUAUUGGAAUGUGAUACAUGACAAGAUUUUGGAACUUAUAACUAGUAACGAAAUGAUAGAGUGGCCAUACUCUGAAAGUCCAUUCCAGAUAUUCAAUUUGAAGACAACUAAUGCCACAAUGUUAGAAAACAAAUAUAGUUUGACACUUGCUUUGGGUCACGCUAUAUGGUACCAUGCUGGUACAGGACAAAUCAUUCAGGUUCCUACCUUCGUGAAAGAGAAACUGGCUCCAGAGAUCAGAACAGAAACGCAACUGUUGUUCCUCUGUCAUAUGGUGGGUCCGUUCCUGCAGCGAUUCAACUCUGAUAUAUCUAGAGUUGUUAUGGACAUUACUCUGACUCUAUACGAGUUACUCGCCCAUAUAGACAAGUUGCAACCGCAUUUGCAAUACGUCGACCCCAUAUGUGACUUGCUUUAUCAUAUAAAAUACAUGUUUGUUGGUGAUAUUAUGAAGAAUGAAGUUGAAAACGUGAUUAGGAAGCUGCGUCCUGCGUUGCAGAUGCGAUUGAGAUUUAUAACACAUCUCAAUGUGGACCAGAUCAACACAGCAUAGCAUACGGUUGAAGACACUGACAGGGCUGUGACAUAGUAUCAAGAAAAAAUUAAAUAAUUUUUAUCCAAGGUAAAAAUAGGUGAGAUAAGUGGUCGUUAAAUUACAAACUCAAGUUAUCAGCAUGAUUUUUUUUUAUCAUUAAAUCGGUCAGUGAUUAGUUUAUUGA